AUGGAGCAGCGAGUCUUCAGCAUGAGCACGUCACCGACAGUGACGCAGAACAGGCUGCUGGAGGUCUUCACUCUCUGGACUGCAGUAGACAAAUCUUUCCCAAACUGGGGGAGUCUGGUGAAAGCUGAGUGGAAACCAGGACAGGGCAUCGUGGAACUGCAGUCCCCUGCGGGGAAGUUCUGGCACACCAUGGGGUUCACAGAGCGUGGCAAACAGUGCCUGCUGCCCGAGGAAGCUCUGUACCUGCUGGAGUGUGGCUCUGUUCAGCUCUUUUACAGGGAUUUGCCCUUGUCAAUCCAAGAGGCCUACGAGAUCCUGCUGUCCCAGGAGGCAGUGAGCCUGCCACAUUACCAGGUGUUCAGCCACUUGAAGCAACUGGGUUAUAUUGUACUGAGAUUCGACCCCAGCACUGUCCUGUCUCCCUACGAGAGGCAACUGAACCUGGAAAGUCACUGCCAGAGCUCUGGGAAACACCAUCGCAAAAGGAGGAGGAGUUCCAGCCCCCAGUCGCAUGAGAAGAAACAUAAGGUAUCUGAGGACCUUCCAGAAGCUGAAGGGAUCUCCGAAAAAGCUAGAGAUGACUGUGGAGACUCCAGCUACCUUCCCAUGGAUGAAAAGCCCUUGUCAGAGCAGCCAAAGGAAUCAGAUGCUGGCACUGGAGAGAGGGAGUCAAACCCAGUUCCUCUUGAUACAGGACAAAAGGAUUCCCGAAGCCCUUCCAGGACCCAGGCUGGAGACCACAAGGAGAGCAGCGCUGGCAGCCAUGCACCCCGCUGGGAUUUUACCACCAUCAUCUUGCCAAACGUGGCCCGAGACCAGAUGUGCACACAUCUGCCCUCACCUGAUGACAGCCUCCUGCCAGAGAAUGUGCCGGGGAGGGAGGUUGAUGCAGCUUGCUGGUGCGCACGCAUCAAUCAGAAACGGGAGAAGCUGUCACGGAAGGAAAGGGAGCAGCGAGAGAGGGAAAGCAGGUACAAGAGCAGUGUCAAUGCUGACCAGGAGGUGAGGCGCUGCUCCAACUGGCAGGAGUACAAAGCCCUUUUGGAGCAGAGGAGGCAGCAGAGGGUUUGGAAACGACCGCCGCAUCUCUGGGACCAACCCGUCACACCGCUUCUGCGGCCGGAGGAAGCCACCUCAUCAGCUGCGCUCCUCCGGCAGAUCAGCGUGCUGCAGCCCUCCCACAUCCUGGAUGGAGCCUCCCGGCUGCAGGAGGACCCAGAGGGCAUGAAGAUAGACUUCAAUGUCUAUCAAGCAGAUGCUGUGGCCAAGUUUAAGAAGACAAACCCUGGGAAGCCGUAUGUCAGGAUGUGUGUUCGGAGCUUUGACGAGCAGAUUCCAUCCCUUCGGGCUUUGAAGCAGCUUACGUAUCAAAGUGGGGACGUCCCAGUGGUCUUUGCGCUGGUGGAUCAUGGAGAAAUUGCCUUUUAUUCGCUAAAGGAAUUCAAGCUGCCAGUUGAUGUUUAUGACUGA